AUGAAUGUUAUUUAUUCUGUGAAGGACUACGUGAGCAAUGUAUUCCAACAAGAUUUAGUCUCGGGUGCCAUUGAUGUUGUGGCUGUUCAGCAGCCCGACGGGUCACUUUGCUGCUCGCCAUUUCACGUUCACUUUGGCAAAGUCAAGCCGAAUGAUCAGCAUCAGAUCACGCUGGAGGUUAACGGCGAGGUUGUUGAUGGCAUCCGAAUGAAGCUUGAUGACGCUGGUGAGGCUUUUUUUGUCCAUGAAGUAGGAGAACUCGCGGACGAAAAGGACUGUUUCGCCUCUCCUCUACCCAAUUCCAUUAAUCUUGGCGACUCGAAAGAGACAUUGAAUAAUGAUGUCUGCAUUACAUCGGAGGCUUUGAAGCCGGAAGAAGAAGAACGUGCUGACAAAGGGCAAAUGGCACAACAGAAAGUAGAGAAAAGCAUUUCAAACGAUCAAUUGACGUGGGAUAUGGGCACUUUAUCAAGCCUGCGAGGUGUACACAGAGCUGUGGAUGAAGUACAGAGUAUGGUCAAAAGUGCCUCCGUUUAUUUCGACGCCGUAGAUAUUGAAUCUACUGAGGUUGAUGACGUCGACUAUUACAGUCAUCCAUCUAUAUCACUAUGUGGUCAUCUUCUUGACCAAAUUGAGUCUUGUGAAGACGCGCAACGAAUAUUUGUUGAGCACAUCGUCACAUUUGACAUUUUUCGUAGAAAUCCAGCAAAAAUUCUGAAUGAUCCGAACUUGCGAUUUUUUGUGAAUGGAAAAGUGACGCCAUACAAUGCCGACAUGCAAGCGUAUCUUGUGUCAAGGGUUUUGUUUCCGUACUCGCAACAUUUGCCCGUAGGCAAGUUUGUUUCCGCUGUGACGUCAACCAAGUCCGUUGUUUCAGACGCGGAGACUAUUAAGUUGUCUGGCUCAGAUCAUUCGAAAUUGACACUUUGUCGUUCUUCAUUGGAGCCGCUAGAUGAAGUGUACAGUGAUGAUGGCGGUUCGACGCAGGAUACUGCUAGCCUCACGAGCGAACCUUAUUUGAAAAAGAGUUUGACGCCAUCUCAAAACGAGCUUCGCGACAUGGAGCUGAAAAUGGGUAUGAACGAAUGUUCGUUUGUUUUGCGGUCUUUUGAUGAGGAAGAAUUGGCUCGCGUGACAGCCAAAUUAUAUUUGUGGCCACUCACGGCCAAAGUUGUUAUUGCAAAGCUUGAUGGAGCCAUUUCUAGUGGUGCUGCCACUGGCGGCAUGUUUAAGCGCAAAGAUUGCUCUGUUAUGCACUCAGGAGCGGUCAAAUUUUACUCAAAGCUCGCUCAGAACGGCUAUCACAUUGUCUAUAUUACCUGUCACGGUCUUUCGCAAGCCAACAUGCUCCAGACACUAUUGCACAACAACGCUGACGAGAAUAGCGACCUCACACUUCCGAUGGGUCCAAUUCUUGUGUCAUCUGACCAAUUACUUGCCAACAAGACGAUAGGUGUCCAAAACUCGAUAGUGUUCGCAGUUGAUUCCUUGCGAGCUUUAUUUCCACGUGACGUCAAUCCUUUUUACGCUGCAUUUGGCACCUGUGAGACCGACAGUGUGGUGUUUACUCAAAUAGGUGUGUUUUCCGGUAAGGUUUUUGUCGUGGAUUCUCAUGACGGCACUUUACACCAUCGAUCUCUAUUGGGCUUUAACGAGUCGUACACUAGUUUGCUGUGUCGUAUGGAUGCCAUGUUUCCGUGCUAUCACUUACCAAUGACACAAAUUCCAAUUUCAGCUCAGCACACCAUACCAACCAUUUCGUCAGUAUCAGGAAAAUCUAGCACAAACUCACGUAAGAUUGUGAUCGAAAAUCAGGAGCAAGCACAUUCACACUCACGAAGCUUUGUUGACGAGGCGUACAAUGAUUUAAAUUUUUGGCGAAUUAGUCCAGGGUGCGUUUAG